AUGGGCCGACAGUGCUCCGCCAGCUAUGCCCCCCCAAUGGACCGACAGUGCUCCGCCAACUAUGCCCCCAAUGGACCGACAGUGCUCCGCCAGCUAUGCCCCCUAUGGGCCGACAGUGCUCCGCCAGCUAUGCCCCCUAUGGGCCGACAGUGGCCCGCCAGCUAUGCCCCCAGUGUAUCACCUGUGUCAGCAUCACCUGUGUCCUGUCUCACCUGUGUCAGCAUCACCUGUAUCAGUCUCACCUGUGUCAGCAUCACCUGUGUCAGUCUCACCUGUGUCCUCUCUCAGCUGUGUCAGUAUCACCUGUAUCAGUCUCACCUGUGUCCUCUCUCAGCUGUGUCAGCAUCACCUGUCUGUGUCAGUAUCACCCGUGUCAGCAUCACCUGUGUCAGUCUCACCUGUGUCCUCUCUCAGCUGUCGCACUCUCUUACCUGCUGCUAA